AGUAGAGGCCCGGAUAACAAGGUUUGAUGGCGGGGUUGCCUGAACUGUACGGCGUUGAGGACGCACAAGAACUUUUGUCAAGACUGCGACCACGUGAAAAGAGAGCGCGACGAAUUCACGUUAACCGACUUGCUAUCAGACAACAACUGGAGAAGGAAGGAGUACCGACAUGGAAUGUACAGACGCCGGAGCAACAGGAGAUAGCGAAAUCAAAGGAAUCUCCAGUGCCUGUUGCUGUCAAUACGGACGAACUAAGAGCACAACAAGAAGAGAGUGUAAUAAUGGAACCGAUAGUGCCAGAGAUAGUUAAUGAAAAUGAACCGCAAGCAGAUAAUGAUUUAGAUUUGCAAGAGGGUUAUGCGUCUUCUCUCUCGAUUGGAAGCAAUGAGGUUAUACAAACAACACCAACAGAAUUUCUACAACCUCAACUUACAUCCACUCCAUGUGGCCACGGCCAUUCUUUGCCUCCUAGACGAAGAGUAGUCUCAUCUUUAAUGAAAACGCACGAUAACAGCAUAUCGCUGCAGGAUCCCAAGGAUGCGAUGGCACAAAUAUUGUACGAAUGUGAGGUGUCUACAUUGAGUCAGUCUGCUUCUGCAGCUGCAGAGUGUGAAACAAGUGAAGGGUCGGGAGUAGUGGAGCUUGUUGAAGUAGGUACUCAGCAAACUGCAGUUAGAGGUAAGACUACCCAGAAACAGAGACAACAUCAAACACAGGAAGAUGAGGACUUGGAUGAGUUGGGAGGAGAUCAAGAGGUUACUUUGUUGGCCAUUGAUUCGAGGACUCGGUCUGCUGCAAGUAUCACUGAUCUUGAUGUGGCUAUGACAGUUGUCAAACGUGUUUGUUUGGAUUAUGGGAACAAUAGUGAAAGUUAUGAACAAGAAGCAAUUCGUUCCUUCUAUCAGCACGUGAAGAAAAGUGCGACUAAAGCAAUUGGGGAUCUGUGUCACUUAAACGAAGUUCGAAGAGAGUUAAAUAAGCUCAAAAAAGAUAGGAAAAAGCAAAUGGAAAACGUAAUAUAUCUGCAACACCACAAGGCAAAGAUUGAUAUGCACCUGAAACGUCAAAGGGAACAAAUGGCAGACCUGACAGAUAAGAGAGAUAAGACAGAAAGCUGCUUGAAGUUUCUGAAAGGUCUGGAACAGCUGAAACUCAGGCUUAGUUUGCAACACGAGAAGACAUGAAGUGGCAAGUUGUUUGACUGUGUACAGUGUCCAUUGAUGCUUGCAUUAUCCAUCUAAUUUGAGUCUGCAAUACAACAGGGUUAUUCAUCGCAUCAGUUUCAGGAUCACCUUGUGUUGUUGGAGUUUGAUGGCUCAAAUUAAAAUAACUGGUAGGAAUGUCCUGAUACAGUAACACACACUGCAGUAGUAUGUACAGUGAGUACAUUAAGUACGUACAAUGAGCAAUAACUGCACACAUUAGCAAACAACCUCAGCAAACAGUCAUCUAUGAUGUAGAAACUUGAAGAGGACAACACAUCAUACUGAUUACGGUAACACAACUCCUACAUACAGUCAACUAAGCAGUCACUCAUCUGUAUCAACUGAUGUUCACUUUGGCAAUGCUAGCUCAGCUGCUGGACAGUCAAGAGAAUCAGUUAAACAAUGCAAGGGAAACUGUGUCUGCACAUGACACACAGUAACUUCUCAAGAGUUGAUUUGAGAAAUUUCUUUACUUGCCUGUUGGGGUACUGUAGAAACGAAGAGAAGAUGAACAGAAGGAAUAAAGAGAGAAGCAAACUGCCUAGAAGACAGUACAAAUGAAAGUCUCUCAGGCCACACGGUAUGACAGCUGUAUAUCCAACAGUGAUCUCUUAACUUAAUUACCAGUAGAUGCAGUGGACUCUGUACAGUGCCACUUCUCUGCGUCUCCAUCAACAAAUUUGUAUCUCCUAGGAAUAACUGAGGACAGAAGGCAUAACCACAAGCAUCUACGGUUGACAUCUUUCUUGUCCCUUCUUGGGGGUAAGAGAUCCAUGAAUCUGUUGUAUCACUGGGUGAGGUUAAGACUAUAUUGGUACUGACUACUGAAGUAACUUUGUACUCAUCUUAUAUAUAAUCGUCUUUUUCUGUCUGUUCGCAAUGGAGGGCUAAAUUGCUGAAGUGGUGAUCGUAAAUUUGGGAUGAUACUUUGUUUGGUCUUGCAAAUAACAUGAGUGCAGUAAUUGGACUAAACCAUUAGCCGUUAAGUUUUGAAAACAAAAUAUAUGCAUAAGUAUUCGGGCA